AUGGCUUCUCUCGCUUCUCGCUCUGCAACCCAAGCUUUGCGCAACACUGCUCGUCGCGCUUCACCCCGCAUGGUGUCUGCACCGAUAAAAUCCCAGGCAGCUUCAUACUCUCUUUUAGCUAAAGCUGCUGUUGCCGCCAACGCAACAUCUGCCCAAAAAACCUCUUCUAUUGAGGGAGCUCGCGGAAUAAAAACCCUUGACUUUGCUGGAACGAAAGAAGUCGUUUACGAGCGAAGUGACUGGCCUUUGGCAAAACUCCAGGACUACUUCAAAGACGACACUCUUGCUUUGAUUGGGUAUGGCUCUCAAGGUCACGGACAGGGUCUGAAUGCUCGUGACAACGGCCUGAACGUUAUUGUCGGUGUCCGAAAGGACGGAGAAAGCUGGAAGCAGGCUAUGGAAGAUGGCUGGGUCCCAGGAGAAACUCUCUUCCCUAUCGAAGAAGCCAUCAAGAAGGGUACCAUCAUUAUGAACCUCCUCUCAGAUGCUGCCCAGUCGCAAACAUGGCACGAAGUCGCACCUCUUAUCACCAAAGGAAAGACUCUAUACUUCUCACAUGGGUUCUCUAUCGUGUACAAGGAAGACACCAAGGUCAUACCUCCUAGUGAUGUCGACGUUAUCCUCGUCGCACCCAAGGGGUCUGGGCGUACCGUACGUACACUCUUCAAGGAGGGACGAGGGAUCAACUCGUCCGUCGCUGUGUUCCAAGAUGUGACUGGUAAGGCGAAAGAGAAGGCUAUCGCUCUUGGUGUCGGUAUCGGUUCCGGAUACAUGUACGAUACCACCUUUGAGAAAGAGGUGUACUCCGACUUGUACGGUGAACGUGGUGUGCUUAUGGGCGCUAUUCAGGGUCUGUUCCUUGCUCAGUACCAAGUUCUCCGCAAGAAUGGCCACAGUCCCUCCGAGGCUUUCAACGAAACUGUCGAAGAAGCAACCCAGUCACUCUACCCUCUGAUCGGUGCUAAAGGAAUGGACUACAUGUUCAACGCAUGUUCAACAACUGCUCGUCGUGGCGCUCUUGACUGGGCACCAGUUUUCGAAAAAGCUAACGUCCCUAUCUUCGAACAAUUGUAUGAGAGCGUGAAGAACGGGACCGAGACCCGCAAGUCGCUCGAGUUCAACGGAAGAUCGACCUACAGGCAAGAUCUCGCUGCAGAACUUGAGGUUAUCAACAACCAGGAGAUCUGGCGUGCAGGCAAGACUGUUCGAUCACUGCGUCCUGACUACAAGCCCGAGUCAGAAUAA